GCCCAUCUCCAUCUCUGGCACACCUGACACACACACCUCCUCGCGUCGCGUCCACCGCUGGCUUAACGGCCUGCCUGACCACUCCUCCUCCUCCCCGCCGCCGCUUCCGCCUCCACGCCUACCCGCUGCUGAUCGCGUGUCCACCCCGCCUCCGUCCCCAUGCUGCCGCGCUCGCCGCCGUCCGCCGCGGCGGGCGCCAUGGUGCCCGGCGUUGGCGGCGUCGAACCGGCCGUGACGCUGGACCGGGUGCCGCGCUGGAGCGACCCCGACCAGCGCAUCUUCCCCUCGGCCUCCGACGAAACCUCCUCCGCGGAGGGCGGCGGAUCCGAGCCGCCCGUCGCGUCCGGCUUCCUCUCCUUCUCCGACCCGCUCACCGGCGACGGCGCCGGCGGCGGUGGCCGCGGCGGCGCCUCGCGGUUCCCCGUCGACCAGGAGAUCAACUCCAGGAUCUACCUGUGGCGAGGGCACCCCUGGAACCUCGAGGUCGACGCCGUCGUCAAUUCCACCAACGAGAGCUUGGACGAGGCGCACAGUAGUCCUGGCCUGCACGCUGCAGCAGGGUCAGGGCUCGCGGAGGAAUGCGCCACCUUGGGCGGGUGCCGGACAGGGAUGGCAAAGAUGACUAAUGCCUAUGAUCUUCCUGCAAGGAAGGUUAUCCAUACUGUGGGCCCCAAAUAUGCUGUCAAGUAUCACACAGCUGCCGAGAAUGCACUUAGUCACUGUUACCGGUCCUGUUUGGAACUGCUUAUUGAGAAUGGUCUUGAAAGCAUCGCAAUGGGUUGCAUAUACACAGAAGCUAAAAACUACCCUCGUGAACCAGCUGCUCAUGUGGCAAUAAGAACUGUUAGACGUUUUCUGGAGAAGCAAAAAGGCAAUAUAGCUGGUGUUGUGUUUUGUACUACAUCUUCAUCUGACACAGAGAUAUACAAACGAUUGCUCCCUCUAUAUUUCCCUCGGGACAAGCAGGAGGAAGAAAUUGCGGUAUCAAAACUCCCAGCUGAUGUCGGGGAUGAGAAUGGUGAAACAGUAAUUGAUGAAAGGAAAAUAAGAAUAAGACCUUUGCCUGCUGGUGUGGUAGACAGAACAGUGACUGCAGCACCUAUAGAUCUUCCUCUUUCUGAUUCUGGAUCGGCAUUGAAGAGGGCUUCUUUCAAAUUGGAUUCAUAUUUGGAUCCUUCGUUUAUGUCAAUAAUUAAAGAUCCAGAUCUGCGGCGCAGGGAGCAGUGGGAAAAGUCUGCUCAAGCUCAAAAGGGGUUUAAUUAUGCUAGGUUACUUGGAUAUGGUGAUCUUGGUUGUCCUUCAUUAUCUGCAGCAGAGGAAUAUUCACUUCAUUCACGAUACCUUGCUAAAGCGAAUUCUCUGAAUCUUUCAGAGAUUGCUGAAAUGAAAAUAAUCUAUCGUGGUGGAGUUGAUAUUGAAGGACGCCCGGUUAUGGUGGUUGUUGGUGCGCACUUUCUUCUUCGUUGCCUUGAUCUUGAACGGUUUGUUCUGCAUGUAGUGAAGGAGUUUGAACCUUUGAUUCAGAAGCCAUAUACAAUUGUAUACUUGCACUCUGCAGCAUCAUUACAACCGCAACCAGAUUUAGGAUUCAUGAAGCGAUUACAACAAAUACUUGGACGGAAACAUCAGCGCAACCUUCAUGCGAUUUAUGUUCUCCACCCAACAUUGGGAUUGAGAACAGCUGUUUUGGCAAUGCAGAUGUUUGUAGAUGGAGAGGUCUGGAAGAAAGUUGUAUAUGUGGAUAGGCUUGUUCAGCUGUUCAGAUACGUACCACGCGAGCAACUUACAAUUCCCGAUUUUGUCUUUCAGCAUGAUCUGGAGGUGAAUGGCGGGAAGGGCCUAAUCGUUGACCCAAGAACUAAGCACAUUUAUCAGAGGGCGUCCAGUUCAUGAUGGUAACAGUUCUGAGGACCAAAGUUCAUUAGUUCUUGCACUGUACCAUUCUGAUGUUUGCUUCUUGUAACUUUAUUCCAUGUUGAUGUUUCUUUCUGUAUCUAGUUAAGUUGGUCUAUUCCAUUCGUUCGUUCUUCUGCCUUCCCAUCUGUAUAUGUUGAUUUGUAUAACUGAAUAAAAGUGGUCUCUAGUCUAGAUGAUCAAUUUUCACUCAGCCUGUACAAAAUUUGGCCACCUGAAAUAGAAGUUUAUUUCAAUGCUUCA